AUGACCCUUUCAGCUGCAAUUCGUAGUGAAGGUCAUAUUGUGCUCAAUGUUGCAUCAAGUGGCAUUGCCUCUCUACUCCUUCCAAAUGGGCGUACUGCGCAUUCCAGGUUUAAGAUACCCUUGGAUAUAAAUGAGGACUCAAUAUGUUGCAUUAAACAAGGAAGUUCAUUGGCAAGGUUGGUCUGCAAGGCUAAACUAAUCAUCUGGGAUGAGGCACCAAUGUUGAACAAACUUUGUUAUGAAUUACUGGAUAAGUGCUUGUGCGACAUACUUAGGUUCGAGUCUUACUACAAUGCAGAUUUGCCUUUCAUGGGGAAGGUUGUCGUCCUAGGUGGAGACUUUAGACAGAUACUACCUGUCAUUCCAAUGGGAUCACGUCAAGAAAUUGUGCAUGCUUCAAUAAACUCUUCAUAUUUGUGGCGCUUCUGCCAGGUCCUUACACUAACAGAAAACAUGCGACUAACAAUGGGAACGAAUGUAUCUGAGGUAAGCAUGAUCAAAGAAUUUGCUGACUGGCUACUAAAAAUUGGUGAUGUGUUGGUAAGGGACUCAACAGAAGGCGAAUCAGAGGUGGAGAUUCCAAAAGAAAUGUUAAUACAUGAUAGUGCAGAGGCAUUUCGUGAAUUGGUGAUAUUUGUCUAUCCAAAAUUGUUGAACAACAUUAACCGCAUGGAAUACUUCAAGGAAAGAUCAAUUCUUGCUCCCACGUUGGAAGUGGUUAACGAGGUCAAUGCAUACGUAAUGCAACAAUUAAGUGGUGAGGAAAAAACUUAUCUUAGCUCCGAUACAUUGUGCUUUGAGGAAGGGAACAUGGAAUCCGAGUUAGAAACGCUAACCCCAGAUGUCCUAAAUGCCAUUAAUUGCUCCGGACUGCCUCCACACCAACUAACAUUGAAAGAAGGCGUGCCUGUGAUGUUUUUCCGUAAUAUUGAUCAAUCAAGUGGGUUAUGUAACGGAACAAGGCUACAGGUAAGAAGGCUGGGCACUCAUGUAAUUGAAUGUAUGACAUUGACUGGAGACAAAACUGGGCAGGUGGUACUAAUUCCACGCAUGAACAUGAUAUCUAACAACCAGACUCUUCCAUUCAGGUUUCAGCGGAGACAGUUUCCCAUUAUCGUUUCGUUCGCUAUGACUAUUAAUAAGUCACAAGGACAAACGUUAAGCACAGUUAGGUUGUACCUGCCUAGGCCUGUUUUCACUCAUGGGCAAUUGUACGUUGCUUUGUCACGAGUAAAAUCUAAGCAAGGACUGAGAGUUUUGAUUCAGAAUCAUUCAUCUGUACUUCCUAAUACAACGAUAAAUAUCGUAUACAGAGAAGUUUUUCGUAACUUAGCCUAA